GUCCGAGCCCACAAGGACGCGUACAAGCAGCUGCAGCAUGGCGUUCCUCGCCGACCUCAAGCGCAGCAAUGGCAAGGCCAACCCGUUGCUCAGCGGCGGCGUGGGCAUGGGCAACCCGAGCCGCACGGUGGACUCGCUCAAACUCGCGGAGCGGUGGGAGGAGCGCCGCCGCCUCGGCCUCCCAAGGGAGCCCGCCACGUCGGCGAUCGAGAUCUUGCUCGAGCUCGAGGCCAAGCAGGAAGAGGAUGAGCGCCUCCGCGGCCAUGUCAUGGACGACGACGACGCGCCGCCAAUACCCGACCCACGCAAAGCGGCGUCACGCAACGAUUCUGUGCAGCAGAUGCGAAGAUCCUCCGAGGUACUAGUAGGCAAGAAGAGUCUGCCGCCGGCCAAGAACCCGACGCUUGAAGAGAUGAUGAAGUGUCGGCAAGCUACAGCCGGCAGCAGCGCGCCGCCCCGCAACGCAACGCUCGAGAAGAUGAUGAUGACGCGCAAUGCGUCCAAAGGCGGUGACGCGUCCAAGAAGCUGACGCUGAAGGAUGCAAUGCGGGAAGCGAUGACGAUGAAGCGGGCCCCACGGACUGUUGGGGCGCCAUCUCCGAUCGUUGAAGAAGCGCCGACAUCGCGCAACGCCAUGCUAGAAGCCAUGAUGAAGAAGCGAGCUGCAACGGUCAACGAGCCACCGGCACCUACACCGCCCGCACCCACGCCGCCGUCGUCUGGUGGGAGCAUGAACACUAUGCUCGAGGAAAUGAUGAAGAUGCGGGCACCACCGGUGGCGCCAGCUUCGGGAGGCGAUGGCAAGACCGCCGUGUUUGCAGACGCUGCAGCGCUGCCCCUUGGCGUCGGUGCAGAUACGUCGGAUGGGCCCUCGGUGCUGCACAAUGCUGCGACCCUCCCCGACUGCGACGACUUGACCUUGCCGCAAGCCAUUUUGAGAGCACCGGGCUUCGACAUCAACCAAAUCGAUUCCGAGGGCUACACGGCUCUUGGGCGAGCGGUGAAAGAUGGUCACGAUGCGCUUGUCGACCGUCUUCUCGAUGCUGGCGCCGAUGUUUCGAUCCAACUGCCGAACAAACAAACCGUCUUGGCUACCGCGGUCAAGUACGGGCAUCGCAACAUUGCGCAAGCUCUGUACGAACGCGUGUACCCAGGCCCUGCACAGGCAUCUCCCAGCGAAUUUCAGCUGGGCGGGCUCGUCGCUCGGCAAGACAAUGGCGUCAGCGUCUACAAGGCUAUAUACAAAGGCACGGCCGUCGUGCUCAAAGGUCCUCGUAACCCAAACCCCCGUCUCGCGACAGCGAUGCGCCACGAAAUCGACGAAAUGCAAACGUGCACAUCGCCGUACGUUCUGCCGCUGCUUGCGGUCCUCGACAAUGGUUCCCGCGACCCACUGUUUACGUCGGACGACGGCACGGCGUUGUUGUUCAGUCCAAUUUUGGUCAUGGACUUUAUGGACGGUGGCGACCUCUUGGAUGCACUCCAGAUGACUCGUCCCGGCGACAACAUCCCGCUUGGCGUCUCGACCAUCGAUGCUCCUUCCCACGUCUCGGCCAUCGAUGUUGCUCUCGUGCUCGCCUACGCGCUGGCGGAUUUGCACGGCCUCGGCAAGAUGCAUCGGGACAUCAAGAGCCUCAACAUCUUUUUAUCGUCGACGCACUACAUUCGCCUCGCUGACCUCGGGUCGGCGAAGACGUUGGGCGCCGGCUUGAUGACGUCCAACACAGGCAGCCACUUGUGGAUGGCACCCGAGGUCGUGCGCAUCGGCCUUGGCGGCAACGGACCUGGGUACGGUCCACCCGCGGACAUUUACUCGUUUGGCGUCGUCCUUGCCGAGCUCGACACGCGCGAGGCGCCAUACGCCGACGUCAGCGAGCAACGACUCAUUCCGGAACGAGUGCGCACUGGCAGUCUUCGGCCGAAAUUCAGCGCCACGUGCGCGCCGUGGCUCAAGGCGCUUGCCAAUGAGUGCUUAGAGCAGGACCCAACCGAGCGCCCGACAGCCGAAGAUGUAAUCGCAACACUCCUCGCCCACCGCCACGAGGGUGCGAGUGUGCAGCCGUCCACGCAGCGUGCGACGACUGAGGAAGCGGACGGGACCAAGGCUGCGUAGCGCAUUCGGCACAGCGCGACGACAAGCAGCCACGGCCUGGCGAGCGAGUGAAGAAGAAGGAGAUUGCUCGUCUCUACGAUUGCGAAGUCGCGGAACAACGAAAAUAACGCGGACAUUGGCAGGCCAGACUUACGAUUCCAAAUUUGGACCCUUGCCGACCCAAGCCGGGACAAUGUUAAGACCACCCGACCGCACAAAGUUCUUAUAGGGCGUUGAAGUGUUGAUAGAUUGAUAUGCGAGUUAUCGCGUUGACCCAAAGUCGACUCCGUAUUGGUCG